AUGGCGCUGACCCGUGGGUUCAUCUUCCUCUUCCCCGCCGCCGUCCUGGCCGGACUCGCCUCCGCCUCCGCGUCGCCCUUCCUGUCUGAUAACGUAUUCCAGGCCAGCACCGGAUCUACAGGGAGGAGUUUGCUGCAGACCAAUAAUGGCUGCCCUAUGAGCUUUGAGUCCCAGGACUACACAAUCAUCACAAGCAGGUGCAAAGCGCCACAGUAUCCUCCUAAAGAAUGCUGUGAUGCUUUCAAGGAAUUUGCAUGCCCAUUUGCCGUCUACAUCAACAAUCAAAGCACCAACUGUGCAGACGCUAUGUUUUCCUACAUCAACUUCCAUGGCUCGUACCCAGCAGGCCUAUUCGGCGCUGAGUGCGUCAAAGGGAAGGAAGGGGUUUCCUGCGAAGGCGUCCCAGGGAAAGGCACCGGCGUGGCAAGUGGCGGGCGGCGAGCUCAAGGGAGUUCCCGUUCUUUGGUUCCUAUCUUGUGUGGACUAGAAGCACUGUUGUUCCAUUGA